AUGGAUGAGGUGGCUGGAGGUUCAAGGGAGCGGAGCUGCACAAUCGAGCAGUUCACGCAGAUGAGACCCCCGUCAUUUGCUGGAGGAGCUGACCCACUCGUAGCAGAGAACUGGCUUCAAGACAUAGAGGAUAUGCUGACAGUGUUGCCAUGUAAGGAUGAGAAGAAGGUCUUAUUUGCGAUGUUUAAGCUAACGGGGGAUGCAAAGCGCUGGUGGAGAUUAGCAAGGUUGUUGGAGGAGCAGAGAUUUGACCUUGUGGCGGUGAUGUGGAGCUGCUUCAAAGAGAUUUUUUUCGAGAGGUAUUUUCUCGCUACGAUUAGGAGUGCAAAGGCGAUGAAAUUUUGGCAUCUGACACAGGGACCGAUGACAAUAGAAUAUUAUGUGGUGAGGUUUGUCGAGCUGUCUCAGUUUUCUCCGUAUCUAGUACCUGAUGAGGAGAAGAAGGCGCGAAAAUUUGAGAAGGGUCUGAGGUAG